AUGGGUGCCCGGUACUCUAUCCCUGCAGGUGAAUUUUGCCAAAGUAGUAUAUUUCUGUUAUCAGGUGAACCCUUGAGGAUUGUCGUCAUUGGUAAAACAGGCGUCGGGAAAAGUGCUGUUGGUAAUACCAUUGUGUGCAGAAAUGCAUUUUUUUCUGCAGUCAGUGCAGACUCUGUGACUGAGACCUGUAAGAAAGAGCGUUCAAAGUACCGGAGGAAUAUUGAAGUUGUGGAUACCCCUGGGAUCCUGGACACUGCUAGAGAUCCAGAAAAUAUAAAGGAAGAGGUUGCCAAAAGCAUCAAGUUAACUUCUCCCGGACCCAAUGCUUUCCUGCUUAUCUUGCAGGUGGGAAGGUUUACAGAAGAAGAAGAAAACUGUGUGCAAACUCUGGAGAAACUAUUUGGUCCUCCAGCAUUCCAACACAUGAUUGUUCUAUUUACUCGGGGAGAUGAGCUUGGUAGAGCAACAAUACAGGAGUAUGUGACAAAUGGCCAUCCAAAGCUUCAAGACGUGAUCAGACGAUGCGGCGGCCGUUAUUACGUUUUCAACAAUAAGAAAAAGCGUAAAAGACGUCAGGUGGGGCACCUCAUUGAAAUGAUCGACGAGAUGGUGGCAGCAAACGGGGGCAAACACUAUGGGCAUACAAAAUUGGAGUUCAUGGAGGAAAUGUUACCGAAAAUCAUUGAGUUUCAACGUAUACUCGCUGAAUCUUUUGUCCAAGCACCAAGCAGCGACGAUUCUGGCAAGACUGUCACAGAGCCCAGUGCCCCUUUGGCUCGCCCUUCAUACAUACCCAUUAUAAUUUAA